UCUCUAAUAAAUCUCGAGGCAACGGCGGCAGAAGAGGCAAUAAAGUUGAGCGGCGCCGAAGCAAAGCUGAAUGGACCGCUGCCGGCAGGGCUGCCCACCAAAGUGCCACCCAUAACUACAGUAACAUGCGAGGUGCACAAUAAGUCCAAAACAAAGUGCUUAGAAGCGCAGUGCAAAUGGGGAGGCAAAAAGGAUGAUGACGGCCCAUGCCAAGCUAGCGACAAACAAGUUUCAGAGCAGACAAAGCAAGGUGGAAGAGAUACAACAACAGGUGGAGAUGUCAAGAAAGAGGAUAAAUGUACUGGUAAAGACGAGAAAACAUGCGGCGGCACUCAGGGCUGCAAAUGGGAGGGAACAGAAUGCAAAGAUUUCAGUCUUCUUGUAAAUAACAAAAUUUCUAUUAUUGUUUCUGUUUCUGUGAGUUUGGUAGCAUUUUAG